AUGGCCAAGAAGAACAAGCCUCAACGCGUCAGUGUCACGCGCCCCGGCACGAAAUCCAGACGUUCCCAAAUGAAUUCUCAUGAUAAAGACGGUGCACCUCCCUCGCCCCCGCCCACCAACCCUGAGACCGUACCACCUUCGGGACAUGACGAUAUUGAGGAAGAGGAUGACGACGAGGAUACAGAUGAUACCGACCAAGACUCGGACAUGCCCCUACGCCAAGACACUCAGGGUGCCGUAACAGCCCUGUCCCCACCCAAACCUACUUUCGAUCCGCGUAUUAAAGCUGUCCCCGAGAAACUUCAGUUUUAUCUUCAGCCCAACGCGAAUUUAGAAAAAAAACCUAGUACGAUGGCUACCUUACUUGCGAUGAUACAACAUUUCUUCCCUUCGUAUAAACCCCCGAGUCGCCACUCAAAAGCAUUCUGGAUCCGUGCCUAUACUGAAAAAGUGGUCCCCAUCAUUUUGGUAUACAUCAAUUCAAUUACCGCGGAGAAGGAAGAAAGUGGAGACCUUCAAAUCCCGGACAAAGUGAACAAAGCGUCUGCGAUUGGCUUCUAUCACAAGUAUCUCUGUCCCGCUCCCAUCGGCGGUUACCCUGCGCCCUUCACAACCUAUCCCCAUCCUGUUCCAAUGCCGUACCACAAAUUGCUCAAUCGCGGUGAACUACGAUACAGCCUUCAAUGGCAUUGUCCGAACGUCUUCGUGCCUAUCAACCCUGCCAAGACGUCCCUCGAAGGAGUUUAUGCGCAAUUCCUCCACCCAACCACAAAGUUCCACCCAACCGCAAAGUUCCACCCAACCGCAAAGCUCCACCCAAUCACCAAGUUCAACCCAAACACCAAGUUAGCUCCACCCGAUCUGCAAAGCGCCACCCAAUCUGCAACGCUCAACCCUAUCUGCAUAAGCCACCCGAUCGCCAAGUCACCUGCGUCCUAUCUGGACUGCUCGUUACCAAUCACGCGACGUCAUCAACUUGAAGAUCAGGCGGCGAGUGAGGCACUGUCCUCAGUUACUAACCCCGAAAGUUCACCUGUCGACGAGGUUAAUUCAUUCGAAGACCGCGUCAAUCAAGAGCGGGGUUAUGGACGCAUCGCUGUUUCGUCAACAGCGCGUCGUCAUCAACUGGAUGAUCAGGCGGCGAGAGAGGCACUUUCCUCAGUUAAUAACCCCGAAAGUUCCCCCGUUAUUGAGGAUAAUUCAUUCGCAGACCGCGUCAAUCAAGAGCCGGAUGAGGCCCUGGCUUCCGUGACACAAGCUUUGACAUUGAAUCGGAUGGUUCCCGUUCCCGUUGAGCCUUCACAAGCAGUUUAUAAUUCAGCACAAUGGUUGAUCCCUACGUUUGAAUCAACACCGCCAGCUUUCACCUAUGCAGCGUUAAUUGCCACCAUGUUUGCGAUCCUCCGACCAAACUCAAACCACACCUGUGCUUGGCUCUUGAGAAGGCAGCGCGAUCUCAUUGAACUCACCCUAACGCACCAACUCAAGACCAGUUUGUCGCAUCGUCCACUGAAAUUUACCAAAAGGAAUGAUCUUGACAAACUGCCCCGCGAUGUUCGAAGCGGAUAA